AUGCCCCCAUCUGAAUUAUUUAGCAGUGGAAUGGAACUAGCAUUUUUUGUGACAAGCUCUGGGCUUCUUCGCAGAUCAUGGAAUGCUAUCUCGCAUUGUCAUGAAGACAUAGGUUCAAACAAGGGAGAGAGAUUGUCGUGGACAGUUUCUAAAGAUCCUGAUUCAGAUUUUACUAUCAUAGCAUUUGAGUCAACUUUAGACUUUUCCAAUCUUCUUCAGGAAUUGGUUCCAUCUUAUGCUCUCACGGAGAAGAAUUUCCAUCUGUUUGAGUUUCUGCGUACCAAGAAAAAUCCAGAGUUCUUCGUUAACAUCACUGCAAUUUCACUCUUCUAUGUAAAUUACGAGAAGCUUGAUCAGCUGAAAUCCGAGGUUUUUAGUUUGACACCAUUAAUUGUUACUGGACAUGGUCUUGGAGGAUCAAUUGCUUCUCUCUUCACUAUAUCACUAUUAGAUAGCAUUUGGUUAGGGAAGAAUCGUCCACUUUGCAUCACCUUCGGUUCACCUCUUCUUGGUGACAAGAAGUUGCAAGAAGUCAUGUCAAGUUGUUCUACUUGGAGUUCUUGUUUUUUACAUGUUGUGUCACUUAAAGACCCUUCUGUUACUGCAUUGCCUCCUCAUACCGACGCCUACAUGCCCUUUGGGACAUUUCUACUUUGUUCUGAUAUAAACUCUACUUGUUUUGAGAAUCCCGAGUCUGUUUUGGCACUUCUCGUGGCUGGCUCAGUACAUGAUCAAAAUCAAGGAUCUCAAUCUAUAGAUUAUGGAAACAUUGCGGAAAGUCUCUACCAUAGAGCAAUUUACAUGGACUUUACCCUAAGGACACAAGACUUGACUCAUUCUAAUUCGCUGCGCGCAUGUAUUUGUUUGCAGUUGUGGUCAGCACUAGGAUAUAUGCAGCAGCAACAACACCAGAAUGUUGAUAUAAAUGCUUUGAUAACAAAGUUGGAAAUACUCGAACACAAAUUCUACUACCAGAAGAGGGUAAAAUUUAUUCCAUCCAAGAAAUUGAAUGUGAUGAAGUUAGACAUGGUCAAACUUGAAUGGUACAAGAAGUAUUGUAAUAGUAUAGGUAUAGGGUACUAUGACAGCUACAAGAAUGGUAUGUCAACUUCGGAUCAGGACGCUAUACGUUCUCACCUAAACCUCACAAAUUACUGGAGAGGUACAGUGGAAGAAGCAAAGCUUAAGCCUCAAAAAAGAAAUGCAGCCUUUCGUAAAAGCUGGCUCUAUGCUGGUACUAGCUACAGGAAAAUGGUUGAACCCCUUGCUAUUGCUGAAUACUAUAGCAAUGGGGGUAAAGACUAUGUCACUAAGAAUAGACCUGAACACUUUGCACUGUUGGAGGAGUGGUUAAGGAAUGAGUUGACAAAAGAUGCAGCUAAUGAGGAAGGUAUUGGUAAUUGGGAAGACUGGAGUUUCUAUUUGGAUUGGCGUGUGACUGUUGAUAAAUGUCUUGUUUCCAGCAAUGGGUUGAAGGUGGAUGAAGAGGAGGAAGACAAUUCAAUGUUAAGAAGUGAUUGUGAGAAUGAUGAAGCUAUUUCUUCAACAAAUGGUUUUGGCUUUCAGUCACGCGUUAACCAGCUUUUGCGGUCAAGCGAAGGGUCAAAGUAUGCUGAAGAAAAUGAAAAGAGUUUAAAUUCAAGAAGCAAGAAAAAUGACACAAAUAAUUCUUACUAUAAAGCACAUGUUGAUGAGUUGCUCCUUUCCUGCCAAGGAUCAAACAAAGAAGAAAAUGUAAACAAAUUUGAGUUACAUGUUGAUGAGGCUGUUCUUUCCCGACAAGGAUCCAUUGCUGUCAGAGAAUUGGAAGAAUUUUUUUUCAGAGCAAAAAAGAAGAAUGUGGAAAUUAUUUUAACAUUUGAUUCAUGUUUUUGGGCACAUGUUGAAGAGGCUCUCAUUUCAUGCAAAGAGUUGGAGGUUCUCAAGGAGAAGGAAGAGACAUUGCAGAAACUAGUUGAAUUUGAGGAAUAUGUUUAUGGGUUGCUCAAGAAUUAUGCAGUUUCACCAGAGAUUUUCUUGGCAAGAAGCAGCUACAUGCGUUGGUGGAAUGAGUAUAAAGCAAUUAAGGGAGCUUCAUAUAGUUCACCACUUGCAAAUUUCAUGAAUGAUACUAGGAAACUAGCGUUGUAUACUUCGGGAAAUUAUGAUUUUCCUUGA